AUGCCAUCCAAACCGAACAAACAUACAACUUCGACGACAGAUAUCUCCGGUAACCCACCUCCUAAAUACGAUCAACCGACUAUCACCUAUCAGGGCGAACAGCCUAAACCUACUCCAUGGGGACAAGCGAGCGUUUACAUUUCUUCACCUAGACCCGGUGGCGGACAGGGAGGAGGGAGUGGGAGUGGGAGUGGGUCGGGUAAAUGA